GAUCAAAAAUUCAUUAUCACAAAAUAAUGUUUUUAUAUUUUUUUGUUUUACGGUUUCAACCAUGAAAGGAAUGAAAAGUUUUUGCACUUAUAAGUUAUAAUAUUCCAACUGAAAAAUCGUAGGUAGGCACUGAGUGUCUGUCACUCGUAAGUUUCAAUAUUGUUAACAGAAUCGUCGUCGAGGACAUUUUCCAACAUGAUGCACCCUGCCGAAAUCGAAUUUAUGGCUGAAAACGAAAUCAUUCAGAUUGUGCCAACGUUCAAUCACGCCAGCCACGUACACCUUAUAUGCGGUUCUUAUGGUCCGUUCCGAGCUGGUCUGCCGUUGAACGUUCCAAUUUGGGUGGCACUGAAUCUGCGACAAAAAAAGACGUGUCGUAUCCUAGCCCCUGAUUGGAUGGCCGUCGAUAAGUUGCAAGAAAGACUCGAAGAAGAGAAAGCGUCCAAAUUUUUCACACAAUUACCAACCAAUUUUUACCUGGAAAUCACCCAAAUGUUAUUGACCGUUGCCAGUGAAGAUAUUCCUCAAGGGAACGAUAUAAAAACGGCAGUUAAAGAUCUAUGGGAUUUAAGAAUAGCAAAAUUAAGAUCUUCUGUUGAUUUAUUCGUUAAAGAAGGUCGUGUUCAAGCUUCUUUAAACCAUUUGACGCCAAUGGAGAUUAAUUCUGUGAGGCCAGUAUUCCCAGAUACAUUGGAUGCUUUAAUGACACUCCAUGAACACAUUAACUCGAGCGAUGACAGAGAAGACAGCAGUCAAUCUUCAGUAGCAACUCCUAGCUCAACAUCUUUUUCAUUAUCCUUGUGAAACAAUUUAUGGUUACUUAAAAUAGUCAGAAUUGCACUGGCAUGGUUAUGAUUCUUUUCACUGGGAUCGAAUUAAAUUAUUUGUAACACAAAUUAUAUAAUAUAAU